CCUCAUGCGCGUCGCUGAACCCCGCCGACACCAGUUCUCUUAUCGCUCCUUAUAACGCGGGGUCCUUCGUGUGAUUAUGCGCAAGUAAUAUAUUUUGUCAAAGACUCUACUUGUUAUUUCUACUUGCCCAUUCAUAUCACUACAACUCACAAGUCGUCUUACAUAUUUUUUUCGCAAUGACGGUCAAUGGGGCGUCGACCACUAAUGGAUCAGCCACCACCAAUGGGUCAGCAACAAAUGGAGCAAAGCCCUCCAUGCCGGGCAACAAAGAUCUCGAUUAUGACGUCUUGAUCAUUGGCGCAGGAUUGAGUGGCAUUUACUCCCUGUACCGAAUGCGACAAAUGGGGUUGAGAGCGAAGGUGAUCGAGGCUGGAUCAGGAGAAGGAGGCACAUGGUUCUGGAACCGCUACCCUGGGGCCCGAUUUGACUCCGAGAGUUAUUCAUACAUCUUUUCUUUUUCACAAGAAGUUCUAGACGAGUGGGACUGGUCUGAACACUUCUCUUCUCAGCCAGAGACCCUCCGAUACUGCCAGUUCCUCGCCAAGAAGUUUGAUCUGAAGCGCGACAUGAAAUUCAACACCCGCGUGAAGUCGGCACACUUCCAGCAAACCUCGAACUCGUGGUUGACGACAGAUGAGACCGGUGCACAGUACACUUCACGAUACUUGAUUACCUGCAUGGGUAUUUUGAACGAGCCUACACUCCCAAACAUUCCUGGCGUCCACAACUUCAAAGGCGACGCAUUUCACACGGCAAGGUGGCCUAGCGAUGCUGCUGGAAAGCUCGACGGAAAGAGGGUAGGCAUCAUUGGAACUGGUGCUACAGCCAUUCAAACCAUCCAAGAAAUUGUCAAGACCGUGGGGUCUCUUGCUGUUUUCCAACGCACUCCUAACUGGACCUGCCCAUUACGAAACACCAAGAUUAGCACCAAAGAGAUGAAGGAAAUCCGCGAAAGCUACCCCGAAAUCUUCCAGAAAUGUCUCGAUUCAUACGCUGGUUUCAUCCACUUGAGCGACACGAGAAGCACAUUCGACUUGACCCACGAGGAGCGUGAGGCUUUCUGGGAGGAGAUUUACGCUAAACCGGGUUUCUCGAAGUAUUUGAGCAACUUUAGGGAUAUCGGUACAGACCGCAAGGCCAACACGUUGUACAGCAACUUUAUUGCCAAGAAGAUCCGCGAACGUGUCAAUGACCCAGAAGUUGCCGAGAAGCUUAUUCCAAAGAAUCACGGAUUCGGCACAAGGAGAGUUCCUCUGGAGAGCGGCUAUUAUGAGGCAUUCAAUAAGCCCAACGUGCAGUUGGUGGACAUUAAUGAAAACCCCAUUGAGCGUAUCACCGAAAAGGGCAUUAUGACCAAGGAUGGCGAGCUCGAGUUUGACGUUAUUAUUUAUGCGACCGGUUUCGAUGCCGUCACCGGCUCUUUCAGAGCUGUUGACUUCCAAGGGAAAGACGGCCUCAAACUGACGGAUCAGUGGAGCGAGUCUAUCCAAACUUAUCUCGGCCUUACGGUCAACUCCUUCCCAAACAUGUUUAUGGUUAUGGGUCCUCAUCAAAUGUUCGGCAACAUCCCCAGAAGCAUUGAAUACGCCGUCAACUGGAUUUCAAACCUCAUCGGUUACGCCGCUGAGAACAACAUCACAUACAUCGAAGCGACACCACAGAAAAUGGAUCAAUGGGGUGACCAUGUGAAUGAGUGCGCAGUGGGACUUUUGGCAAAUGAGGUGGACUCCUGGAUGACGGGUGUUAAUAAGAAUCUUUCACACAAGCAAAAGAGGUCGAUAGCGAGAUACAAUGGCCCGGCGCCAGGGUACAGGAAGAAGUGUGAUGAUGUUGCAUCUCGAAAGUAUUCCGACUUCACGAUACUUUAAGCGUGGAGUCAAUUUAUUGUACAGAUUUAGAUAUUUCCUUGGGGUGCUCAGUUGCUUGUUCAGAUAUUUACACAUUAGCAA